UUCAAAACUGUCACAAGUUGUCAUCUACACGUCCAGUCUUCUGUCAUAAAUUUAACAUAAAUGUUCGAUAUAAUCUAUUAAGUGCAUCUAAAUGGUCGAUCUGGAACGAUUCGUGUCUCCAUCAAUCCAAAGCGUAAGCCAUGCUGAAGGGGUUGGUGCCGGUUGUGUUGUGUGCUUUGUGUGAAGUCACCGCGAGAUAUGCAUUCUUCCGCUCGAUAGGACGCGACGCCUCUGCACGUCGCAUCUUUGGCGGCACGGAGGCCCCGGCGGGCGCGUACCCGGGCGCCUGCGCGCUGCUGGACUCGUCGCCGGCGCCGCGCUGCUCCUGCGCCGUGCUGGCGCCGCGCUGGGCACUCACGGCGGCGCACUGCGUGAAGCCCGAGAUCGCCUACGUGCAGUUUAAUGGAGCAUAUCGCUCCGACUCCAAUCUCGCGACUGUAAAGCUCAUGUACGCACAUCCCGCGUUCGAGGCCGUGGUUCGGGACAUGGGCGAGGGCCCGGACGUGGUGACGCUGCAGCACGACCUGGGCCUGGUGCGCACGCGCGGCAACAUGGUGCUCUCCUCCUACUCGUACUUCCCCGUGCCCCGCGCCCCGCGCGCCAACGGGGACAUCGUGGGCGCCAUGAUGCUGUACAAUGUCGAGGAUCUGCUAAAUAAGGAUGUUGAUAUUCUGGGCUACGGUAUGACGGAGGCGAAACCGGCGGGCGAGCGACUGCGAGAGGUGCGGCUGAAGAUGGCCGCGUGCGGGCGCGAGGGCUGGCGACACUGCGCCUGCGCGGUCGGCGCGGUUAGCGGCGUGUGCUCCGGCGACUCGGGCGGGCCCGUGCUCUACAACGGCACGCAGAUCGGCGUGAUGUCGAUGGGCCCGGUGGAGUGCGGCGCGCCGUCGCCGCUCGGCGGGCAGGGCUCGGCGGCGGCCGUCUCCGUAUUCACGAUGCUCCGGCCUUACGCCCAGCUCAUCAACUCCACCAUCUACGACGUGGAUACAGCGAUUCGCAUGCGCGAAGUGGCGCGCUCGGCGGCCAGGAGACGCACCGGCGUGGAAGUGGUGUGUGCGGCGUCGCUGCUGCUAUGCAGGAGCUUAUAACCGCCAGCCCCCGACUCUCCACUAACUCACGCAGUCUCCAGUCAUCCUGUCCUGAUGUCUCCUAACCUGACGUCUCCUGUCCU